GCGUGUUGCUUGAGUCUCGAUGUUUGGCGUUUUCCUAAACAUGCACACAGCCUAAAAUCUAUCAGUUGUAGGAAAAAAAAACUGAAUUGAUAUACUUGGGCCAUUCAUGUAAAGUUUUUGUGUUUCAGUGCAGUAAUGCAGUUUGUUCUGCUGCUCCAGCUAUGCCUCUUGGGACUUGGCCUGUCUGGGGCCAAGCCUGGUAGAAAGUUUCUGAUGAUGUUUCCACCUCAUAAUGACGCAGCAGCAAAUGUUAGCCAUCAAAUAACCAUCACAGCCACUGAUGUUUGGACCUCAGUUACUGUGGAGGUUCUGGAAAGCAGCUUCUUGCAACACAUCUUCCUCUCUGCCAGCCAGUCAAAGACGAUUCUCUUGCCACUUUCGGUGGGAAUGACCAGUGAUCACUCCUCCUUCCUUCUCAGUGUGAAGUCUUUACGGCCUGUUACAGUCCUCGCUUCAUUCUGUACACAUACUGGUUGUGACCACAGCCUCCUUCACGAUGUGUCCUCCUGGGGGACCCACUACUAUCCCAUUACUCCUCACUUCCUGAAGCACACUGCUGUCAGCCAGAUGGUGAUCACAAGCUCAGACCACGAGACCACAGUGGAUAUCUUCCUCUCUGGGGAAGUGUACUUUAAAGGCAAUAUGUACCAUGGAGGUGAUAUCCUUAAGUUGCAUAUAGGGGUACUGCAGAGUGUUUACCUCCAAAGCAACUCCAGCCUCUCUGGUUCAGAGAUGAACUCCCAACAUGCUGUGGGUGUCGUGAUUGGUUUUACCUGCUCCAAACACACACCUGGGCCUUGUGUGUAUGGUUUUGCUGAUCUGAAACCAGUCCCUCACUGGAGUUUUGAUUAUGUUAUCCCUCCUUUGGUAAACACAGGAAUGAGUUCCAGUUUCCUGCUGGCACUUGCUACUAUGAACUCUGAGAUGGACGUUAACACCAGCACCGGGCGAAAUGAUGUGUCUCUUGUUGGUGGUGUUAUGAAGGCUGUCCCGCUUGAGACCUCAGAUAAAAUCCACGUUACCUGUGACAGCCCUCUUCAACUCGUUUACUUCAGACAUGGCAAUGCACAGCGUCCUUCGACUUUCGUUGUGCUGCCAUCUGUUGAUGAUCUCUGUCACACUGUCCCUAUGUUUGAUUCAGGAGAAAUGAGUGCACAGCAAGAUAACAGUGAUAGAUAUUUUAAGUCUGGUAAAUUUCCCCAGGAGCCCAACUUUGUUCAGCUGCUUGAGAAUGCAGAGACCAGUUCUCCUCUCACAGAGAUGGAUGUGGGACACUAUCUGAGCACCUUAAACAGACAACUAUAUCCGGCAGUGUGUGAGAAAACAGCUGCUUCUUGUGAGGAGGUGCACUGUGGUCACAAACGGAAGUGCUCUAUCAAAGAUGGAAAACCACUGUGUUCUUUGAAAGUGAAAAUAUGCUCUGCAUGGGGUGACUCUUAUUAUCGCACCUUUGAUGGAAGAGAUUUUGUCCUGCAGGGGAACUGUAACUACACUUUAGUUCAAACUACCUGUCCAGGCUUAAAUGCUUCUGUUCCACUGCAGAUUAAUAUAGCCAGAGCAUAUUUGAACAGUGCCACUGUCUCCACCAUCCACAUGGUGCAGAUAACCACCCAGGGCUUUAAUAUAUCCAUUGUUAAAGAAGACAAACAUCAUGUUAGGAUUAAUGGACAGAAGAGGAACCUGCCCCUCACUCUGGGAAAUGGUCUCCUGAACUUUUAUCCAAGUGGCUCCAGUGUCAUCUUGAACACUUCGUUUGGCCUGGCUGUGCAGUAUGACUGGAAGCACCAUCUCCAGGUCGAAGCUUCCCCAGAGCUGGUUGGAGUCCUGUGUGGUUUGUGUGGAAAUGCUAAUCAGAGCUCUUCAGGUGGUAUAUUUACCACAAACGGCAUUGAUAAGACCCAGACUGUUGAUUUUUCCCUCCCAUGGGUGGCAAACGGUGGCAAAGGUUCCUGUAUUGAGGAUUGUGGUACAGCUGCAUCAUGUCCAGUGUGCACUGAAAGCCAAACAAAGUCUUUUCCUGGCAGAAAAGGCAACUCCUUUAUGAUUGGGUGCACUUUACUGCAGAAGAGUGGUGGACCUUUUGCCAAUUGUCACGCGUAUAUUGAUCCAGUGCCGUUUGUUCAUAGUUGUGCAAACAGCCUCUGUGUUAAUGAAGCAGCAUCUUCUAUGUGCAAGAUCUUGACGGCCUAUGCCAACAUCUGCCAGAAGACUGGGGCCAGAGUGCAAAACUGGAGAACCAUUGCCAAGUGCUCUAUGGCAUGUCCUGUGAACAGUCACUAUGAGAUCUGUGGUUCAGCUUGCCCUGCUACCUGUGCUUACCCAGAGGCUCAUCAUAAUUGCACCUUGCCCUGUGUGGAAUCAUGCCAGUGCAACAGAGGGUAUCUUCUGAGUGGUGGGAAGUGCGUGCCACAUAGCAAAUGUGGUUGUCUUCAUGAAGGUUCCUACUAUUUUCCCAAGGAGAACUUCUGGAUUGACGAACAGUGCAGUGAGAAAUGUGUCUGCCAGCCCAACUCCAAGACAGUUAUGUGUACUCAAGCUCAUUGCCAGGAUGGUAAAGUGUGCAAGCUUCUCAGUGGAGUUCUUGACUGUCACAUGGAUGCGCCUGGGGUGUGCAUAGCCAAAGGAGAUCCUCAUUAUACCACCUUUGAUGGGCGAAAUUUUGAUGUCUAUGGCAACUGUACUUACCUUCUCACUUCUCACUGCCCCUCCUGGGGUGAUCUAGAAGACUUUAGCGUGGAGGUCCAGCAACAGUUGAGGGAUGCUACAAAUGUUUCAUUUCGACAUGUUAAAAUGGCAGUGUCUGGUUAUUCCAUUGAGAUGUCAAAUGAUUGGAGUGACAGGGUUAUGGUAAAUGGUCUGCUACUGCGUUUUCCACUGAUGUUGAGCCAAGGCAAAGUAAAGCUCUAUAUGAGUGGACUCUCAAAGUGUAUAGAGACUGACUUUGGCAUUGUUCUGACGCACCACCCUGAUGUCCUGACUGUUCAAAUGCCAAGGAUUUUCUCUGGUAAUCUCUGUGGCCUGUGUGGGAACUUUAAUGGUAAUGCAGAAGAUGAUCUGAUGCCCGAUGAUGAAUCUGAUAGCUCUCAGGCUGUUAGAAACUGGCAAACAAGCAGUCGGCAUGAAUGUGUGGAUGUCCCUGUGAACACAUCAGGUUGUGACUCACGAGAUCUUGCUCUUUAUCAGGGAAAAGAUUUCUGCGGACGGCUAUUGGAUGCAGAGGGAGCAUUUCAGAGCUGUCACAAAACGGUUGAUCCACAAGAUUUUUAUGUUAACUGUGUUCAUGACCUCUGCUUUAGCAACCACACUAACUUAUGUCUGAUUCUCUCAAGUUAUGUUGCUGUAUGUCAAGAAAUGGGAGCUAUUGUGGAUGAGUGGAGGGCUUCCAACUUUUGUGAUCUCUCCUGCCCACCUAAUAGUGAAUACCACCUUUGCUCCAGUCACAUGUCUGUCUGUAUAGAAAACUCAAGUCCCCUUGCAAAGAAAUGCAAAGAGGGCUGUUUCUGCAAACCUGGUUUCUUUCACAGUGCUGGGGAAUGUGUACCAAACCAUCAGUGUGGCUGCAUUUACAAUGGAGUUUACUAUGAAAUCCAUGAGAGUUUCUACCCUGAAGAGCACUGUCAUCGGCGCUGUGUCUGUGUGAGCCACAACAAAGUGCAAUGUACAAACCACACAUGUCCAGAGGGAUCAAAAUGUGCAAUCCAAGAUGGCCACAGAGCAUGCCAUGCAUCUCAACCUGUUAAAUGCACAGUCACAGGUGGCAGACACUUUAAGAGUUAUGAUGGGCAUAGCUUUCACUUUAAUAUGGGAAGCUGCCGUUACGUUCUGUCCCAGAUUUGUGACAAGUCUGGCCCCAUUAUUGUUAUUCAGCAAGGACAACUGUAUCUCACGUCGCACGGAGUGAAUGUUUCACUGGAGGCGGAACAUUUGGGAAAAGUAAAGAUUGAUGGUGUUUUGUGGAGUCUUCCUGUCCAGCUAGAUCGCAUAGCGAUACUUCAUUUUGGCUUCCUGACUCGUGUUGUUCUUGACACAGGGGUUGUUGUCACUUAUGGAGGGCCUAACCUUAUACAAAUAGUGAUUCAAGUCUCUCAUGUAAAAAUGUGUGGCUUGUGUGGAGGCAUCAGCUCUAUUGUCCCAGAAGACAAACAUAGCCAAAAUGGCAGCCUUGCAAGUGAUGUCUCCAUUUUUGCAUCUUCCUGGUCACUUUCACCACCUGGAACAAAGUGCACUGAAGAGUGUCAUCUCUGUUCAGCAUGCAAUUCAACAAUGGCAGCUGAAUUUGGAUCUGCUAACUUCUGUGGCAUGCUGCUUGCUCCUACAGGAUCAUUUAGUGGAUGCCACUCCACUGUGGAUCCAGAGCCCUUCUUUCAGAACUGUGUGAAUGACUUAUGUUUGUCUAAUGGUAAUGAGGACUUGUUUUGCAGUAGUUUGAGGGAGUAUACAUAUGCAUGCCAGGAAGCAGGAGCUAAAGUCAAACCAUGGAGGAAUAAGAAGUGCAUGAUCUCAUGCCCUGAAAAUUCUCGCUACAAUAUAUGUGUCGGUGCAUGCCCCGAGUCCUGUGGUAUUCUUCCCGAUAUUGCCUGCCCGUGGGCCUGUUAUGAAGGAUGUCAGUGUGACUCUGGAUACGUGCAGAGUGGAAAUGGCUGUGUCAAAGCUGAGAAAUGUGGUUGCUUCUAUCAUGGGCACUACUAUGAGAUCGGGGAGCUGUCGUGGACUGAGGGAUGCUCUGAGCGAUGUAACUGCUCUGCCACUGCCACUAUGUGCUGUGAGCCAGCCUCUUGCCCCAAGGGCGAGAGCUGCACCUUCAACAAUACCUGGGGCUGUGCAAGGAAAGCUGAAAAUGAUAAAGUCUGUGAGAAUGGUGAGACUUGUGGUGUCCGGAGCCAACCUUUGCAAACCCAGUGUUGGAUACUGGGAGGUGCCCACUUCUACACUUUUGAUGGAAAGGUGUUUGAAUUUCAAGGAAACUGUACCUACACUCUGAUCCAGAUACCCAGUGACACCAGUGAGACAUUUUGGGUUGGUGUACAGAAAGACAGGACCCCAAAUGAAGCUUCCUCGCUGAAAGCUAUUCAUGUCAAAGUGUCCAAAAACAACAUUGCUAUCUACAGAGGGGAGAAAGGCUAUGCUUGGAUAAAUGGCAAAAAAAGGCUGAUGCCUGUCACUCUGCUGUUUGGACUUGUGAAGAUUUAUCAGAGGGGCAUUUUUGCUGUUGUGGAUACUACUUUGGGGAUCCAAAUUAAGUACGACUUCUCUCAUAUUGCAAUCAUCCUCCUCUUUAAUAAAACAGAAGUCUAUGGUAUGUGUGGGAAUAAUAAUGGCAUAAAAGAGGAUGACCUCAGGACCCCGCAGGGUGAGGCUGUUGAUGCCACCACCUUUGGCUGGAGCUGGAGAAGUCCUCAUCAAGAAGCUCAGUGUACAGCAGAUUGUGGAGAUGCAUGCCCACGGUGCUCUGCUCAACAACUACAGGAGCAAAAUGUGGCCAGUCAGUGGAUUUCCUUGCAAGAGUACAUCUGGUCACCACAAAAUCCAUUCUACUUGUGCCGUGAAGUUGUUAGUUACAGUAAAAUCUCCACAGCAGUGAGUAUAUUUGACCUGUGCUCUGGUAAGGACACUCAGAAGGCCCUCUGCCUGAUCUUGGAGGCCUAUGCUGCCGCCUGCCAAAAUGCCCAAAUCCAGAUCGGAGAGUGGAGAAAUAGCACCUUCUGCCCCAUGUCCUGCCCACUGAAUAGCCAUUAUAAGUCCUGUGGCACAGCCUGCCCUGCCACUUGUCAAGAACCAUUCAGUUCAAGGCCCUGCACAUUGGCUUGUGUUGAGACCUGCCAGUGUGACCCAGGGUUCGUUCUAGAGGGUGACACCUGUGUCCUCUUGUCCCAGUGUGGCUGCUCUCACAAUGGCUACCAUUACCACAGCAACCAGAUCUUCUGGGCCGAUGAGGAGUGCACUGAACAGUGUGUUUGCGACCCCCACACACACCAGACGCGGUGCCAUUCUGAUUCUUGUGGACCAGAUGAAUACUGCGGUCUUCAAGAUGGUGUCAGAAGCUGCAUGGGGCACACAAAGCUGACAUGCAUGUACAGUGGUCAUCACAUGGUCACUUUUGAUCAGUAUGACUAUGAUUUCCAUGGCACCUGUCAGUACCAGUUAGUGGGAAUGUGUGGACAGGAACAAGGCCUUGAUGCCAUCCAGGUUGACAUACAGACUGAUGGACACCUGGAGUCAGCACUUCAUGUCCUGGUCAAUGUGAGUGGCGUGCUUGUGAAGCUGAACAGCAAAAACACUGAGAAUAUAGAGGUUGAUGGUGUCAAAAGGAGGAUGCCCUGUCACUUCAGCCCUACUGCACUAGCUUUCUCUUUGGGUUUGCACACUUACAUCUACACAGAUGUCGGCUUUGAGCUGAGUCUCAGCAUAGAAGGCAGAGUUAGCAUUAGUCUCUCCAGUAAAUAUGCUAAUGCUAUCUGUGGCCUUUGUGGUAACUUGAACUCUGAUCCUGCUGAUGACCUCACAUUAACUGGGACUCAGGAGCAUCUCACCCCUGAGCAUUUUGCAAAAGCUUGGAGAAGAGGGCAGAAUCCUUGGUGUGUGGAAGGCUGUCUAGGAGGAAGUUAUCCAAAAUGUUCAUCAGAGCGUCUGGCCCACUUCUCUGACCCGGAGUCUUGUGGGAAGAUUCUGGAAGUUAAUGGACCAUUCAGACACUGUCAUGGCAAAGUGGACCCCUCCAGCUUUUACAGGCACUGCGUCAGUGACCUGUGUCUUCACGGAGGUCUCCAGCCUGCACUAUGUCACUCCCUGGCAGAGUAUACUGCAGUCUGCCUUUCCCACAAGGCUACAGUUUAUGCCUGGAGAAGUCCUGGAUUCUGCCACCCAUCCUGUCCCUCCAGCACCAGUUACAACAUGAGUUCUGCUUCUGUUCACCUCUGCCUUGGCUGGCAGAAUAAAACGUUAGAGAUGCCUCCAAUCACUGAGGAGAACUGCUUUUGUGAAGCAGGUUUAGUCCAUAGUGGCAACCGCUGUGUCUCUCCAGAAAACUGUGGCUGCUUUCACCAUGGAGAAUACCUCAGGGCAGGACAGGAGGUGUCAACAUGUGAACAAAGCUGUUUAUGCCAUGCAGGGGGACAUAUGACUUGUCGAAAUGUCUCCUGUGGAGAGGAUGAGGAGUGUAAGCUUAUUAGGGGUGUUCAAGGUUGCCACCCCAAAUCCAAAGCUGCGCACUGCUCUGUUGAUGGCUCCCAAUACACCACGUUUGAUGGACAGACAUUUGAAUUUCACGGUUCAUGUAACUACACCCUGGUGCAGACAUGCUCUCUCAAGAUAUUGGAUGUGGUGCCUGUUUUGAUAACUGCACAAGGCAACCGUAGUGAGGGCAGACAGAUCUACCUGCAGGUCAAUAAAAUGUUUUUGAAGACAUCAGCAGCUUUUCCUGGAAAAAUUCAGGUAAAUGGAGUUUUUGAGAACCUGCCGUUCUCGCAGAGCAAUGUCACUGUGCAUCAGAGAAAUGGCUGGGUAACCAUCAAGACCCCACAGUCAGUUGAGCUUAUUUCAGACCUACGAAACCACAUUCUGGUCAAGAUCCCUGAACUUUAUCACCAGACAACUUGUGGCCUUUGUGGGAACUACAAUGACAAUCCCUCAGAUGACCUGCAGCUGCCCAAUGGCACUUUGAUCUCUGAUCCUGACAUCUUUGGGCCAUCAUGGAAGUUAUCUGAUAUUAAUUCAUCCUGCAGGGACACACAUGACGGCACCUAUGAGCUCUGCCAGUCCACUAUGCCAGAGUACACCUCUAACCUGUACUGUGGCUCUCUCACCCAUCCCAGGGGUCCCUUCUCCUCUUGUCACCAUUUAGUAUGUCCACAGAAAUACUACUCACUCUGCCUAAAAAACCUCUGUGUGGCACAAGGCCAACGCUGGGCUCUGUGUGAUGCACUGUGGGCCUAUGAGGCAGCAUGUAAGGUGGCAGGAGCAACGGUUGACCACUGGAUGAACACGACAGGCUGUGCUUAUCCGUGUCCUCAAUUCAGCCAUUAUAGCCAAUGUACCAAUGCCUGCUCUACGCUGUGCCCUGAGAUAAGUCAGACAGUACAGUGCACCAGGGACUGUGAGGAGGGCUGCCAGUGUAAUACUGGACACCUUUAUGACGGCCAUGUCUGUGUACCAGCAGAGCAUUGUGGCUGCGUACAGGAUGGAAGGAGGUUUAAGGUCUCUGAGAGCAAACUGCUACAAAACUGUACUGUUAACUGCACCUGUGGGCCACCUCUUGUCUGUGAGGAAUACUCAUGUCCUCUGAGGCACAGCUGUGUAAUUUCAGAUGGAAUCAUGGUUUGUCAAAAGGAUGGAGUGCCAAACACAGCUCCAUGUGAGGGACUAUGUGAUGAAACUGAGAAAUGUUGCCUGAAAAGUGGUGUGCCUGUCUGUGAGAGCCUUCAGGGUCUGUGCUGGGCCUGGGGAGGGCACCACUACCACACCUUCGAUGGUCUCAAGUAUAACUUUAAGGGUACCUGUACCUAUCUGCUCGCAGCCAGCAAAGGCACAGCACAUGGUCUUACACCCUUUAGUGUGUCUGAGAAGAAUGACUGUAUUGGAAGCAGAGCUGCGUCUUCCACACUGGAGGUCUCUGUACAAACUUAUGGGUUCAUUAUCAAGCUCAGUAGUAAAAAAGGCGGCGUGCUUGUUAAUGGUAAAGUGAGUUAUAUUCCUGUUGAUCUGUUACGGGGUAAAAUCCAGGUUUCAUACAAGGAAGGCCUAGUUCUACUUAAAACUGACUUCGGUAUGCAUGUAGUCUUUGAUAAGAACUGCACUGUUCUUAUUAAACUGGAUCCACUCUACAAGGGCAAAGUCUAUGGGCUGUGUGGGAAUUUCAAUGGUGAUCCUCAAGAUGAGUAUUCCGUACCCAUGCCUGCAUCCCCUCCCACUAAGACGAGUGUGGAGUUUGCUCAGGCUUACCGCCUCUUUGAUGGGGAUCAGAACUGUUGUACUGGCUGUAACCGGGAGGUCGAUGACGCAGAUUUGCAUGCACAUCCUGUUCCUGAGGUUGUCUCCAGUCACAGGAAGCGGUGUAUAGUGCUCAGAGAUCAGAAUGGUCCAUUGGCCCACUGUCAUAGCAGAGUCAACCCGGAUUCCUUCUAUGAAAGUUGUAUAGUGGACCACAUGCAUAAUGAAGAUUCAAAAGUGGCUCUUCAGCAAGCUAUGCAUUCCUAUUCAGUAGUGUGUAAAGAAUCUGAUAACUACUACAGUGAUGACACAGUUGAUGUUCACUGUCCCCCAAACAGCCACUACAAGACCUGUGGCUCAGCCUGUCCUCCAUCCUGUGAAUCUGAAACCCUGAUCUGUAAUAAGGCCUGUGUUCAGGGCUGCUUCUGCAACCCUGGAUUCAUUAGUAGUCCAGCUGGCUGUGUGCAUCCACAUCAGUGUGGCUGCACAGACUCCAGAGGCAAAUACCACAGCCUCAACUCAACCUUCUGGGUUCCCGACAACUGUGGCCAGCUAUGUACCUGUGGGCCAGUUACCGGUGAGGUCCACUGCCACCCAGCCCAGUGCCCUAGAGGAAUGGUCUGCAAGCAGCUACAUCACAAAAGGGUGUGUCAACCUGAAAGUCCCCUGAACUGUACCAUUGUUACUGGGCUGCAUUUUACAACCUUUGAUGGAUGUCAUUUUGAUUUUAGAGACAGUUGUUCAUAUUUAUUAGUUCAAACAAAGUCCAACCUAACUGGGCUAACACCAUUCAAUAUCACUAUCUCUGAUGCGAGUUGCCACAAAAGGCUUUUUCAUAGCCUCACCGUAACGCUCUCAAUCUAUGGUUUGGAGGUGGCUGUGAGAAAAGAUGACCCAGGAAAGGUUUUGUUUGACGGACUGUAUAGGCCCUUACCAUACUCUCACCACACAGGCCAUGUAAAUACCUACCGCACGCCUUCAUCACUCAUCAUUCACACUGAUGUGGGAUUACAGCUGGUCAUCUACAACACUGGCACUCUAAUGGUCAUCCUCUCCAGCAGUUAUAGCUCUUCCGUCUCUGGUCUUUGUGGGAAUGCCAACACCGACCCUCAUGAUGACCAAAUGAUGCCCAAUAAAGAGUUUGCCCAGAAUACGCCAGAGUUUGUCCACAGCUGGAGGUCUGAGGGAGCACAGAACUGUUGGUCUACCUGUCCCUCAAAAAUGAAAAAGUGUCCCAUUGAGGCACAGAAGCUUUUUGAAGGCAGUGAUUUUUGUGGGGUUUUGUUGAAUGAACUAGGACCUUUUGCAGACUGCGCUUUAGUGUUAAAUCCCAAGCAUUACUUUCACAGCUGUGUGGCAGAUUCCUGCUCUUACAAUGGACACUACUCAGCGCUCUGCAGUUCCAUUGCAUCUUAUGCAGCUGCCUGCCAAGCUGCUCAGUUGCCAGUCAGGCAGUGGAGGAGUGACAUUUUCUGUGGUAUGUCAUGCCCUAAGAAUAGCCACUAUGAAUUGUGUGGAUCGCGAUGUCCUGUUGUCUGCCUUGGACUGUCCUCUCCAGCGAACUGUAGUGGAGGUUGUGAGGAGGGUUGCCAAUGUGACCAUGGCUAUGUGCUAAGCGAUGGCCAGUGUGUGCUAGUUUCUGACUGCGGUUGCUUGCAUGAGGGACGGUAUCGCCCUGCAGGCCACUUCCUUCUGGACAAAAGCUGCCAGAACUGUAAAUGCGAAAGAGGAAAAGUGACCUGCAUUCGUUUGGAAAAUUGUUCACUGAAAGAUGGCUUUUCCUUGCAGUACGGGGUGUGCCAAGUGUUUGCUGGCUUUGGUUACAUCACGUUUGAUGGCGUUAUUCUGCCUCACCAUGGAGCUUGUACCUAUGUUGUGUCAGCCUUCUCCUCUAAAGCUAUGCACGACUAUACUCUACUACUUACAUUUAAAAAGGACAGGAGUGGCAUUUUUGCAAUCAGCAGAUUAAUGUUUCACUUUCUUUCACUGGAAGUGUCCAUUGAUCCUGAAACAUUGUGGAAAAUACAAGUAAACAAAGAAGAACGCAUGGUGCCUUUUGACAGUGGAGAACUUAAAGCAUACCAAGUUGGCAACAGACUGAUUAUGGUCACACUAUCUGGAGUGAGAAUUGACUUGUCCUUUACCCAGUACCUCAGGUUAACUGUACCACAGGUGUAUGAUGGCACGGCUUCGGGCCUCUGUGGGAACUUCAAUGGCGACAGGUACGAUGACUUGGAAUUGAGAAAUGGCCAUCUCGCCAAAACCUUUGGGGAGUUCCUGCACAGCUGGGCAGACGUAGCUCCCGGACAGCAUUGCACUGACAUGUGUGGGAGAGAGUGUGAUGAGUGCAGCCUGUCCCCACAUGACAGCAUCGUCUGUGACGUGCUGUUGAUGAGCAGUAUUGAAUUCAACCGUUGCUGGAACAGUAGUGUGGACCUCGAUAUUUACCACCGUAUGUGCGUCAGGGCAGUUUGUGCUGGGGCAGGGCACAUGGCUGCAUGUCUAGCACUGGAGGCAUAUUCUGCAGCCUGCCAGGCUAAAGGAAUACCAGUGGGACCGUGGAGACAGAACACCCCGUGCGCUUUCCAGUGUCCUGACCGCAGCAGUCCAGCAAAGUGCAUCGACUCCAGUUCCAACUCGUGCCCUGCUCUGCUGCACCCUGGUUCUUCAGAAACGGGCUGUUCGGAGGGCUGUCAGUGCCACUAUGGAAAUGUGUUUGAUGGGGGCGAGUGUGUACCUUACAGUCAGUGUGGGUGUGUUCUUCAUGGUAUAUAUAUCAAGAUGGAUGAACAACUGUACACUGAGGACUGCACCCAGAGAUGCUGGUGCCACCCCCUGAGUGGGGUGAUAUGUGAGGUGGCAGCCUGUGGUCCGGGGCAGCAGUGUGCUCUGAGGAAUGGUUCCUGGGGCUGUCAUGACAGACCUGAAGUCUGUGAGCUCAGGGAUAGCCUUCAAGUCUCCACACUCGGCGGGCAGCGGCUGUUCUUGAAACCUCACUUUUCUUACAGUCUAAUGUCCCUCUGUGAUGACACAAGUGCGCAGUGGUUCAGCGUCAUCUCUUACCAUGGACCUUGUGAUGACAGCUCUUCCAGGCUUGUCACUGUAUUUCAGAUCCUCCUGUAUGGCACAUCAUUUGCCAUAAAGGAUGGCACAGUGAAGGUGAAUGGACACUUUGUGUCCCUCCCUCACAUUUUGCCAUCAGGAGUGUCUCUGUCACCUGGCGUGAACCAGGACAAAUCGGAGGUCAUAGUGAUCCUGAGGAGAGACGCUGGGAUGGAGUCCGAGCUGGAGAUAGAGAUUGGUCUGUCCGCGCUGACAGUCAAGGUCCCUCUGUGGUACUCAGGGAAAUUAUGUGGUCUCUGUGGGAACCCUAAUGACCUUCACUCUCACAGUUCAGUCAAGUCAUGGGUUCUCCCUGACUUUCCUGGUUGUGGCUUCACUGGAUGAUGACUGUUUUAGUCCUGAGUAGUUUGUGCUGUUGUUGAGUGUUUUUAAAUACAAAAAACAAUUUAAGCAAA